GUUCCCUUCUACUUAUAUAUAUAUCUCUUUCUUCAAUGCUCUCACCUGUCCCCCAACUAUAACAAUAAAUUUUCCCCUUCCUCCCCUUCUAUAUAUUUAUUAAUUCAUUAUUAUCAAUCAAAAAUUUUAUCCAUAGGCUUACUAGCCAAAAUUAAACUACGUGCAUGCUCAUUAUUAUUACUAUAAAAUUAAGUGUGGGACGUUAUUAUGGGUAAUUUAUUUUGUGGAGUGAUUUUGGUACUUUUAUGUAUAACUAGUACUUGUCCUUUGAAGUGCUAUGCUGCUGAUGAGGAUUUUUUUCAAUCAGAAUGUUUGCAAGUGCCAACAUCCGAGUUUUUGGGUUCGGUUAAGUCUACCAUCGACAUUGUUCGUCAAGUCACUUCGUUAGUGUCAAAAUUCGCUAGCUUCUUUGGCGAUUUUCGACUUUCUAAUGCCAUUUCUGAUUGUCUUGAUCUGUUGGAUCUCUCAGCAGAUGAACUUACUUGGACUCUUACUGCUUCUCAGAAUCCCAAAGGGAAAAACAACAGUACAGGUAAUCUAAGUGCAGAUUUGAAGAAUUAUUUAAGUGGAGCAUUAAUUAAUCAAGAUACAUGCACCGAAGGAUUCGAUGGCACAAACGGACUAGUCAAGAAUUUGGUUGCGGGAAGUCUCAACCAAGUCACUUCAUUAGUCCGCGACAUUCUUCUUAUGGUCCGCCCCGUCCCUAAGAAAAACGUCUUCCCCUCGGAGGCCAAUGCCAGACGUGGGAAGCCGUGGCAAUUCUCCCGAGAAAGAAAAUUAACGGAAGACAACAAUUCAUUUCCUUCGUGGAUUAAACCAAAAGAUAGAAGGUUAUUGCAAGCAUCAAGUCCAACUAAAGGGGUAGUUACAGACGUUGUCGUAGCUCUUGACGGAACUGGUAAUUUUACACGAAUUAAAGAUGCGAUAGAUGCAGCACCACAAUUAAGUACAAAAAGAUUUGUGAUAUAUAUUAAGAAGGGAAUUUAUAAAGAGUAUGUGGAGAUUAGCAAGAAAAAAUGGAAUAUUAUGAUGAUUGGUGAUGGAAUUGAUGUUACUAUUAUUUCUGGGAAUAGAAAUUUUAUUGAUGGAUGGACCACUUAUAGAUCUGCAACAUUUGCGGUAAAAGGUCAAGGAUUCAUAGCACGGGACAUAACAUUUGAGAACACAGCAGGACCCGAAAAACACCAAGCAGUUGCAUUUCGGUCCGACUCUGACUUAUCCGUCUUGUUCCGAUGCGCGGUGAGGGGCUACCAAGACACUCUCUACGCCCACUCGAUGCGACAAUUCUACAGGGACUGUACUAUUACUGGCACAGUAGAUUUCAUUUUCGGAGACGGUACAGCCGUUUUCCAAAACUGUCAAAUAUUAGCACGAAAAGGACUGUCACAACAAAAAAACACAAUUACAGCCCAAGGUCGAAAGGAAAUUGCUGAAACAACAGGUUUCACUAUCCAAUUUUCCAACAUAUCUGGUGAACCGGAUCUAUUAGCUUCUCUCAAUUCUACGUAUACGUAUCUUGGAAGACCAUGGAAGACGUAUUCGCGAACUGUGAUCAUGCAAUCUUACAUGAGUAAUGUAAUUAGACCUCAAGGUUGGUUAGAAUGGAACGGAAAUAUUUCACUUGACACAUUGUAUUAUGCAGAGUACCAAAAUUAUGGGCCUGGCGCUGGUUUGGGCGGUAGAGUUAAUUGGCCUGGUUUUCAUUUGCUCAAUGAUUCAUCACAGGCAAAUAAUUUUACCGUUUCUCAGUUCCUUUUGGGAAACUCAUGGCUGCCUCCUACGGGAGUUAAGUAUACCGCUGGUCUAGCGGUUUAAAGUUACUGAUAUCUAUGGAC